CCCCCCUUCAGCCUCCCCCCGGCUCCGGCUGGCUGGCUCUCCAGUUGCUGCAUGAAGGGCUGUGCUUGUGCCCGCUCCCGGAGCCGUGGCGCACCUCCCUCGGCUGCGCGGGGGAAGCGGAUUUGGGCUUCUUCUUACCCUCAGCCUCCUUAUUAUCCUUGAUUUUUGCCCGUCCCGUUCGUCCUAGGAGAAAAAAAAUACGAUAAUAAUAAUAAAUAUAAUAUAUAUAAUAAUAAAAAAAAAAGGAAAAGCGAUCGGGCAGGGCGAGGGAGCCCCGGGGGAGUGGGGGGUGUGCGGGGGGCUCCCCGCAGCCCCGCCGCCCCCCGCCGCAGCGCAGCGAGCGCGAUGCGCCCGGGGCUGCGCGCUGCGGAAUAGCGCGGCCGCCGCUCGCCCUCCUCGGGCUGGGGGCGGACGGACCCGACCGCCGGCAAUUCCCCCUUGAUGUCCAUGAAUGCAAACACCAUGAUUUUCAUGAUCCUGGGCGCCUCUAUCGUUAUGAGUUGACCAGAUGCCUUGGUUAUGGGCUCUUACAGGCAAUAGCUUGCUUGAUGGACAUGAAUGCGUUGCUGGACAGAUUUCACAAUUACAUCCUACCGCAUCUCAGAGGGGAAGACCGAGUUUGUCACUGCAACUGUGGCAGGCAUCACGUCCAUUACGUUAUUCCUUAUGAUGGGGAUCAGUCAGUGGUGGACUCCUCGGAGAAUUACUUUGUGACUGACAAUGUAACCAAGCAAGAGAUUGAUCUGAUGCUGGGACUUUUGCUGGGCUUUUGUAUAAGCUGGUUUCUGGUCUGGAUGGAUGGGGUUCUCCACUACGCGGUGCGAGCCUGGAGAACCAGCCGGCGGUAUGACAAUUCCUGGUCUUGGAUUCCAAAAUUUUGUAACUUAAAGGAGUUCAGAAAACGUCACCACAGGCAGUACGAGGAGGCGACUGGGAACAUGGUGCACAUCAAACAGAAGCUGUACCAUAACGGGCACCCCAGCCCGCGGCACCUCUGAGGAAUGCCUUCUCCUCCAGAGACUGCAGUGAGGUUUUAAAGAGGACUUUGCUCUUCUUCCAGGGGAACAGCUCCCAGUUUGCUCCUCUAUGGAAGCCAGACGAGGACAUAAUUUUACUUAUCCAUCCUGUGUGUCCCCGCGGCACGCCACGAUGCACAACUAAGCCAGUCCUGGAUGCUACGCAGCCAAGACAUUGCACUGUGUUCCACAUUUUAUUGUCAGACUUGUGUAUAUAUGUAAAAAGCAGACAAACAAAAAACAAACAAACAAACAAAAA